AUGGUCCGUUGAACCUGCUAUAAUUUUGAUGAUUACCUAGGCUGACUCUCCUGUCCUGCCCCAACCGCCAACGUGCAGUCCGCGCCGCGUAUCCUGGCCCAGGUGGUCGUGUUGGGUUCGCAGAUUCUCGGCAAGGCGUUCGUCGAAGCAUGGCGACAAGCCGCACGAAGUACGUCUCUGUCACUCGCACACGCCACCCUGACCACUUCCCCCGUAUCCCAAUUCAUCUCAACCGCUUUCUCCCGCCCAGACGCGCAGGGAACAGGUCGAGCCGGUUCGUCGUCGAUGAACGGAGGCGGUAAAGGCUCGUCCGCGCUCGACGGCUUGACGAGGACCCACCGCAUGAGUUUGGACGAAGCGACCGAUAUCCUGAACCUCAAGAGGAAUGCCGAUCUGGCGAGCGAGACCGAGUUGCAAAAGAUGCUCAAGGUCAGUCACUCGGUCGCGAUGGGCCCGAGGGGAGGAGCAUCCGGUCCGGAACGCGCACGGAGAGGGUGUCCCUGUCCCAUCCUGACCGGGUUCCAGUCGAGUGCACCCACACUAAACCUGUAUUCUGUCCCGCUACCCAACAGAACUUUGACCACCUCUUCAAAGCCAACGUGCCGACCACGGCCGAGGGCAAACCCCAUUCGUCGCACUACCUCCAAUCCAAGAUCGUUCGCGCCAAAGAGCGGAUAGAGGCUGAAGUAGGAGUCAAGAACGGUGGUGGCGAACCUACGCCGGCCGAGACAGCAGCUGCGACGGGGGCAGAAGGGACACCGGGGAGCUCGACGACGGGGCGCACACCACCGCCGAAUUAG